CGUGAAACCUUUAGAAGGUAGUCUUGCCUUUAGGUCAUGACUUGAAGAUUAGGCUUCUGGAUGCGAUCGACAGGCCAAGCUACCUAAGGUACCUAAGGUAGACGAUGCUUUCCACAGGGUUGAGCUAGGUAGAGCGAUGAAUUAUUCCUUCGGGACAACACCGAUGUUUGCUAGCGCUAUUUUAAAAGCGUCGCGGGUGACGGCAGGUAUCCGGUAUCUGAUACUCGUCACGGCUUGGACGCGGUUCGCGACACUCGGUGUAGCUCAGACAUUGCCGUUGCCAUAUUUCCCCACGAGCAUUUUCAUUCCAGAACCGAAACCUCCGCCAGCUCAAGACAAUGCGACUAUCAAUGUCGCAUACAUAUUCUCGCCCCAAGGAGAUUGGGUCAACCUAUUAGCGCUGAACUUUUCGGGCAACCUCCGGGCUUCAUCGUUGCCGCUCCAAACCUUGUCGUCAAACGUACCCUUCCUAGAUACGAAGAACACCGCAUUCAUACCGUCGCUUGCGGACAAUGGAUCUCUUAUCGUCUACGCCGGCGACUGUUCAUCGCCAGCGAGUUCCGAAAUAUGGACGUUCAACCCGUCUCCUAACGACGGCGCAUCGUCAUCUUGGAUCAAAGCGAGUACCACGCUAGCGACGAAGGCAGAUAAUGUUCAAGUAGGGCCAAGUUUCCUGGGGACUGGUUUUAGUUUUUCAAAUACCCUGGCGCCCGUACUAUCGCCGGCGAACACUUACGUAUAUGGCGGAAUGUGUCCCAAUGCGACUGCUAUUGGAACCUCAGCACAGCAAAAAGCCACCUAUUCAAACCAAAUGAUUAAGAUCGCGCCGUCAGCAACCGACGCGGGAGACUUUACGGUCGGCCCAAUUUCCAGCGAUGGCCCUCCAGUGCCCGAGGCUGGCUUCACUUUUACCGGCUUGUCUCCCUCCGUAUCCAACCGAACAGGAAUACUUACCCAGCAGAUCAACUAUGUACUACUAGGCGGCCAUACGGAGACCGCUUUUAUAAACAUGAGUACAGUCGCAAUUUGGAGCUUGCCGGAGGAAAGCUGGAAUUUCAUCUCAGAUAUUAGCGUAGGCAGUUCGGGUUCCAACACCGAACUUGCGGUCAAAAGCAACGAUAUAGACAAAAUAGACAGUCGAUCUGGUCAUACAGCAGUGCUGAGCGAGGAUGGAACUUCUUUGAUCGUUUUAGGGGGAUGGGUUGGAGACUUAACUCAAGCUGCCUCGCCGCAACUGGCUAUUCUCAACAUCGGGACGAGUUACGGCGGUAAUGGGGAGUGGCAUUGGUCUGUUCCGGACGUUCAACCACCAGGACCGGGAUUAUAUGGCCAUGGCGCGGCGCUACUACCUGGAAACAUCAUGAUGGUCUACGGAGGUUAUAACAUAUCACCGUCCGAAACCACAGCUAAAAGACAAGCCUCUGGCAGCAAUAACUUGCCCAUGUUCCUCAAUCUCACGUCGAUGAGCUGGUCUAACGACUAUACGAACCCAGACUUUUCCGGAUCAAAUACAGAUGACAGCUCAAGUGGUGGCGAUAGCGAUGUCGGCACACGCCUGGGAAUUGGACUAGGAGUUGGUCUUGGGUUUGUAGCCAUUAUUAUAGCCAUAUUACUAUUCCUCUUAUACCGCCGCCGAAAACGCCACACACGCGCGAUCCGAGACUCCGCCAUUCGCGCCCUCGCCCAGGACACCUCGCGCUUCUUACCUCACGACGACGAAAUGAUGGAGCAAGAUCACCCCGGCGGGGUUUGGUACACAGGUGGCCCCGACCCGUAUCUACGCGGGAACCGCUCGCUCGGCUACCAGAGCCUACGCGCCAGCGCGGACAACGGCCCGCAGCCGUCAUGGUACGGCGGCACGCCGCCGGCAAGGAAACCGCUGCCCCGCCGGAACACAUACGACCCGCCGUCGGGCGUGAUCCACCCCAUCAUCGAAGCCGAUGAGGACGCCCACGACGGCGACAUCACAAGCGAGCCCGUCAGCCCUGUCCGCGACGUGAGCAAUACCACCGACGGCAGACGGGACUCCGACCCUUUCCUCACGCCGACGACGCAGGAGAACCCGAUCUCGUUCCCGCCGUCCAACCGCGCUUCGAUCACGCCGAGCCCCGAGGAGCGCCGUCUUACUACCGAUCCCGAGGUCCAGGAUUGGAUGACGGAUGUCGAGGCCAUGGACGCGUUGCUAAGUAGUCGCGCCGCGCCGCGCAUGUCGGCGUGCGCUUCCGGGCAGCAGAACUCCCCGGCGCGGCGCGGCCCCGACGACUCGCGAACAGAAAGCAGCGUCUCCGAGACCAACCGCAGCAGCCUCGGCGUCAGCCGCUCGGAGUCAGUCCGCUCGGUGCUGCGUUCGGGACUCGGCAUCGCGGCCGCCGCUCUGGGCGCUUCAUCAUCAGCACCAGCACCAGCAGCGGCAGCACCCGCAAACGACGAAAACCGCGGCGGGAGCAGCGGCUCGUCGAGCUCGGCGCCCAGCUACAACACGGCGCGGAGCAGCUUCGCGGCGCUGCAAGCCGAAGGGCCGGUUCUGCUGAUGGGGCGAGUCAGCCGGGACGAGUACGAGGCGGCGCCGGGGAGUCCCAGCAAGAACAAGCCGCGGCGCAGCUGGCUCGGGAGUCUGCGGCGGGUGCUCAACGGUGGGGCGAGUCCGCCCGAGACGCCGGACAGGGAGAAGCAGCUGGACGACGAGGGCUUCGCGGCGGGCGCGAAUGGUUACGAUAUGCCGCGGGGUGGCGGUCUGAGCGAGAUCGCGGCUGGGGGCUUGCUGCGCAGGAAGAGCGGGAGGGGGGAUUGGGAAGGCAUGGGGGAGAGGUAUGACGGGAGGGGGAAAGGUAGGGUUGCAACGGGUGGUUCGAGUUACCAGGAGCGCGGGACGGCGGUGGCAGAAGACGAUGAUGACGAGGAGUGGGAUAUCGAAAAGGCCGUUGAGAAGCGGCUCGUGCAGGUCAUGUUCACGGUGCCUAGAGAGCCCUUGCGCGUGGUCAACGCCGAGCCCGACGCGGAGAGCGGCAAGGACGUCGCGGUGGCGGUUACCAGUCAGGAGGCGGAUCGGGAACAGGACAUAACAGAAAGUCACCAGGCGCCCGUUGUGGCGGUAGAAGAGCACGAUCUCGGCACUCUGCUUUUGAGCCCGAUCGAAGACGAGGAUGAUGAUAUAAGGCUAGCCGAAGCCAGGGAAGCAGAGCAGCAGAUCCUGCGCGAAGUAGGCGAGGAGCUAGACGCCGAAUGGAAGCGCAGUGCUGCGGAGAGAGGCAGACAGCCGCCGGCUACUCCGACACAUCGCACGCCGGUAUCGUUGCGAGAAGAAGGCCUGCGCUUGCUGGGCGCCGCGGCGCCGGGAAGCGAGUCCCGGAAGAGGAAGCCGUCGCGGUCGCCGGUGGUCGACCCGGACGGGGACGUGUUUUCCGCGCAAGCGGUGCGGCUGGAGCGGCCGCGGACAAAAGUCCUGGCGAUGGUGGAGAGCCUCGAAAGCCUACAUAAGAAGAGCCACGAGAGCAGUCCGGCCGUGUCCCCGACGCGAUGACAGGGUCCAUCUGGUAUCAAACCGUACAUUAGGUACCUAAAGUUAGGUACUACUUUACGCCGUUAUGUGUAACGUCGGCGGGAUUAGGGAGUCGGGAACGAACGGAG